CUAAAUUCCAUCAUGUAUUCGCAAGAUGACGAAUUCUUGUGUUCCCUGCGCACGCCUUCUUGUGCCAUCAUCGCGUUUUGUUGCAUAUUCCGCCUUAGACCCAUCUUUCAGCCCGCGGAAAGAUAACAGAAAAUAGACCAGAUGGCAACAAGACGGAUGCUGUCCCUCUCUUCGAUCUCUCGCGUUACAUUUCUCGUCUCUAGAACAACAGGUACAAGGCGCGCAGGCCUAGUAAUAUGAUUUAUGUUUCAAACAGCGCAGAUUUGCCAGAGAAACAUACACUUUCACCUUAAUGACCUUACUGCGUCCAUAUGGUUAGGAGCCAACUGAUAUAAAGGGUCAAAGGGACCUGACGUAUAAAAUCAACGUCUGAAGAACGUAGCUCUGAAUCACGAUCGUCAUGGCUCCUGAAUCGUUGAAUGCCAAGAAGCGAUCUCUUCGCAGCUACAUCUGGGACACCUGGGACAAGUCGCCAGAAGAGCGAAAGUUUCUCGGCAAACUUGACGCUUGCUUGCUAACCUACGCAGCACUGUCGUAUUUCAGCAAGUAUUUAGAUCAACAAAAUGUCACAAAUGCCUACGUAUCUGGAAUGAAAGAAGAUUUGAAUUUGCAUGGAAAUGAAUAUAACUACAUCACGACGGCUUGGACUUGUGGAUAUGUUAUUGGACAAAUUCCUUCCAAUCUCCUGAUAACCAGAAUCAGGCCUUCACUGUGGAUUCCCACCAUGGAGAUUAUCUGGAGUAUUCUCACAAUGCUCUUGUCAACGUCCAAGAACUUUUCCCAUAUAUGUGCUUUACGAUUUUUCGUCGGAUUGGCCGAGUCGACCUUCUAUCCUGCCAUACAGUACGUCAUUGGCAGUUGGUACAGACCCGAGGAGUUGGCGAAACGUGCUUGUAUUUUUCAUACCGCCAGUGCGAUUGGGCCAAUGUUUAGUGGUUUCUUACAGACGGCGGCCUACAAUGGCUUGAACGGAGUUCACGGUCUUGCGGGCUGGAGAUGGCUUUUUAUCAUCGACGGCAUUAUCACGAUUCCCAUCGCACUACUUGGAUACUUGAUAAUGCCCGAUCUUCCGCAUAACACUAAGCCGUCCAUCUUUUACACCGAACACCAAUUGCUUUUGGCUCGGAAGCGCAUGGACGAAAUUGGAAGGAAGCCCCCCACCAAGUUCACCAAGACGAAGGUCUUGGGCUUUUUUAAGACCUGGCACCUUUACACACUGGUGCCUCUCUACGUUCUUUUCAAUAACGGCAACGGCCCUACAAAUUCUAUGAUCUUCUGGUUCAAAAGCUUCAACACUACAAGUCAUACAAAAUAUACUGUUGGCCAAAUAAACUGUUAUCCUCUCGGUAUUAAUGUCGUGCAAGUCAUCACAACUUUGGUAUAUGCAUGGUGGUCGGACGCCAUCGAGAAACGAUGGCCUCCAAUGCUUUUUGCUGGGACUUGGAACAUCAUAGUCUGUAUCGUUCUUGCAGCGACACCCCUUUACACUCACAUCGCUAGGCGCUGGGCCUUCUAUUACAUGACCUCCGUCGGCGGCGGAUUGUCCGGUCUCAUACUUGCUUGGGCCAAUGAGCUUACCAGUAGCGAUAACGAAAAGAGAUCGUUUGUUGUCGCUUGCUGCAACACCUUUGCAUAUACAGUCCAGGCUUGGCUCCCGAUAUUGAUAUUCCCACAAGUGGAGCAGCCUCGCGUCUUCAAGGGUAAUGUAACAACUGCUUGUAUUAGCUUCGGCAUGAUCUGUGCGGCAUUGGCGACUCUGUACUUCCAAAACCGCGAUGCUAAACGAGCUCGUCAGGGGAUGGAAGAAGGUAGCACCAGUGACAUCGGACGUUCAAAUUCAUUGACUUCACAAGUGGAGAAGGAUAAUGACGAUGAAUGAAGGAAUUGCCGUUCGUGGGUUAUGCAAGCGUAGACCACUAUGCUCACUUUGGACACAAAUUCAAAUCCUAAUGUCUUGAGAGGAUGCGAAUAUAGAAAAGUGAUAUUCCAGC